UCUUACGUUUCUCAGCAAGAGAAGUUAGUUCUGACUGAGAUCUAGCAACCAAAACAGAAUGUCUGCUUCCCCACCAGUAGUCUCUAGACCCAAACUGUGCUGCAUUAUGAACUUAAGAGGCAGAAUGGUGUCAGUUUUAUCCAGUUUCUUUUGAGAUGUCCUACCAGCAGAGCCAGCAACAGUGCCAGCCCCCUCCCAAACGCAAGACACCAAAGGGCUCUCCGGCCUCUUCCGGAGGUAGCCUGGGUUCUGGGGGCUGCUGUGGUUCCAGCUCUGAGGACUGCUGCAGCUCUAGAGGCUGCUGCUCGGGAUGCUGCGGGAAUGGUGGCCUCAAUUGCUGUGGCAGCAGUUGCUGUGGUGGUAGCGAAUGCAGCAGCAGCAGUGGCAGCAUUUACCUUGGCAGCAUUUACUGUUGCAGCAGUGGUGGCAACAGCUGCUAUGACAGCAGUUACUGUGGCAGCAGUUACUGUGGCAGCAGUUACUGUGGCAGCAGUUACUGUGGUAGCAGUUACUGUAGCAGCAGUUACUGUGGCAGCAGUUGUUGUGGCAGCAGCAGUGGCAGCAGUGGUGGCAGCAGUUACUGUGGCAGCAGUUGCUGUGGCAGCAGCCAUCAGCAGUCUUGGAGCUCUAGUACCUGCUCUGGAGGUUGCUACUGACCUGGCGACAAAGAACGUGGAAAGCAGUAUUGGCCGAAGACCUGCCAGCAGAGGGUCUCUUCUUCUCUGGUUUUCCCACAGAAAUACUUCUAGAACUCUCUCUGUAUGUCCUUCUUCAUCUCCCUAAAGCUAAUCUACCAUGAGGUCUUGAGGUUCCAGCUCUGAGAUUUAUUGGCUUUGCUUUUUCUCUCUGACACAACUAUUUGAGAAUGAGAUACUGAAAAAUCAGCUUUGAAACUCUUUUCUGGGCAAUAAUAAAAGCCUUUGAUUCCUGACA